AUGGUGAAGUACGGAAAAUGCGCUUUGGUGGUAUUGUGCGCGCCCAUUGUCGAGAGCUCUGCGCAGGAACAAUUUCGUACAGGUGCACCAGGCAAUGCAUCAUAUGAUUAUGUAGUUAACCAAAUCGUAGUCAUUGGUGGCGGCACAGCCGGGCUCGCCAUCGCCUCUCGACUCGCUGUCUCCGCGUCUGUCGCCGUCAUUGAGGCCGGUGGGCUAUACAAACAAGACAACGGAAACCAAUCUGUAGUCCCAUAUUAUGGCCUCGUUAUGCCCUUUCUGGGUACCACCGAGGACUACCCACGCCAACCCCUGAUGGACUGGGAUUUAGUGUCUGUUCCACAACCUUCAGCCGGGAACCGUCGUAUCCACUACGCGCAGGGCAAAACGCUCGGGGGAAGCUCGGCCAUCAACACUAUGGCAUACCAUCGUGGAACCGUGGGCUCGUAUCAACGCUGGGCUGAUCUGGUGGACGACCAGAGCUAUACCUUUGACAAGAUACUUCCUUAUUUCAAAAAGUCUUCCACGAUCACUCGGCCAGAUGUCCAAAAACGAAACGCCCCAAAUGCGACUGUACUGUAUGAUCCCACAGUAUUUGAUAACUCCCUCCAUGGACCUCUGCAGGUUUCAUGGGGGAACUGGGUCGACCCAACUCAGAGUUGGCUAGCACGUUCGCUGCAAGCAAUUGGACAAACACUGAGUUCCAGCGGAUUUAGCAGCGGUAAAGUGAGUGGAGGGGCAUGGGUGCCGACUACUAUUGAUCCGAAAGGCGCAACGAGAAGCUCGUCCAAGAGCAGUUACCUAAGCUUUGUAUCCGAAAAGAAUAAGGCGGGUGUAACUGUUUACCUGCAUUCACAAGCCUCAAAAAUCUUAUUCGAUAAAGACAAGAGAGCAACUGGCACAACUGUUUCGACAGAAGGGCGAGAAUAUGUGAUCUCUGCGAAAGAGGAAGUCGUUCUUUCAGCAGGUGUUUUCCAUUCCCCGCAACUUCUCAUGCUCUCCGGUAUCGGACCGGCGGCAACGCUCUCCACUCACUCUAUUGGCGUUGUUUCAGACCUCUCGGGUGUAGGUCAAAAUCUCUGGGAUCAAAUAUUCUUCAAUGUUCUGCGUGGCAUCAAUGUUCCGAACACCGGUACAUAUCUUGCGACACCUACUCAACAAGCAGUCGCGCUACAGCAGUACUUCAACAAUACCGCAGGGCCAUAUAGUUCCGCGGGAGGCUAUCUCUCCUUUGAAAGGCUACCGCCAAAAGACCGUGCUGCAUUCUCGCCUCGUACCGCAUCUAUGCUCUCAAAAUUCCCGGCUGAUUGGCCUGAAAUCGAAUACAUUGCUUCUGGAUUUCCCAGUGGUAUCGCCAAUCUAACGACUAUCGGCGCUAUCAGCGCAACUCUACUUACGCCAUCGUCCAGAGGCAAUGUAACAAUUCGCAGCGCUUCCAUUGCAGAUGCACCGGUUAUCGAUCUAGGCUGGUUGACCGAUCCUGCAGAUGGGGAGACACUCGUAGCGGCAUUCAAGCGCGUUCGCGAGGCAUGGAAGUCCCCCGCGAUCGCGGGCAUACUUGGUGGGCCGGAAAUUCUGCCUGGGGAUGCCAUUACUUCUGAUGCGGACAUUCUGAAGUUUAUUCAAGAAUCCGCACGGCCUAUUUGGCACGCCAGUUCGACAUGUGCAAUGGGCAAGGCCGGGAAAGUGGGUGCCGUGGUUGAUUCAAAGGCUAGAGUAUUUGGUGUAAAGGGUUUGAGAGUCGUCGAUAACUCGGUCAUACCGUUCAGCGUGCCUGGGCAUCCGCAGAGCUCGGUGUACAUGUUGGCAGAGAAGAUUGCGGACGAGAUCUUGAAGGGGAGGUGA